AUGGCUGGCAAAUCUCUGGCUGAGCGUAUGGCUGAGUUGGCCAAUCCGGCUCCUCUCGAUUACGACCCGGAAGCAAUUGAUGAUCCUUUCACUAAAGCCCGAGGUGGCUCCGACGACGAAUCCGAUGUCGACCAGGGCGAUAUUCGCGAGCACUAUGUUACCGUCAGCAAGAGUAAACUCCGACAAGACGACCAUAUUCUCGACGAUCCCCGAUAUGCAGGCAAGCGCUCGAGUCGUAAGGCGGCUCUCGGUGAAGACACCUUCAAGGCCAUGAGUGAGGAUGACGAAGAUCUUGAGGGAGAAGAAUCCGAUGAGGAGGAUGUUUCUGGUUUCAUCGAUGAUAAAGCCGAGGAGAGCGAGGAGGGAUCGGACGACGGCGAGUCCGGCAGUGAUGAGGAAGCAUUCGAAGGCGGAGAAGAGGAUGAUGAAGAGGACGAGGAUGGUGAUGACAAGAACGACGAGCUCCGCAAGAUGAUGGCCGAGGAGCAGAAGAGUCUUGUGCUAAACAUCACGCAGACGGCCAAGGCCGAGGCGGAGAAGGGCAGACAUGUCAAGAGCCAGAUGAAGAUUUACGAUUCCCUCCUCGACUCCAGAAUCAAGCUCCAGAAGGGUUUGGCUGCCGUCAACACCUUCCCUCAGGGCGAUGCUUUCGCGACUUUCGUCGAUGAGGAGUCUGCAGAUGCGAUCAAGGAUGCCGAGGCGCUCGCCCUGUCGCUCAUUGACAACCUGUUUGAUUUGCGCAUGGAGUUCAUGAGGGAGGCUGACGGUAUGGAAAUUGAUGGUGAUGCAUGCCAGAGCAGGAAGAGAAAGAGAGACGAUGAUGACUCCGUCGACUUGAACAACAUCUGGAGCGACUUCCAGGCGUUAGACGAGCAGUUCCAGGGAUGGCAAGAGUCAACCCUUACGAAGUGGUCUAACAAGGUCCAAGCAGCCUCCGGUGUGCCGUUAAAUAAGAAAUUCAAGGCCGUCAACCAGGGCAUUCUCGCACAAAUCCAGGAGACUUUGUCUGAUAAGGACCGUCUCGUCCAGAGAACCAGGCUGAACCGAAGCAACAACAAGAUUCUGGGUGCAGAGGAGGAGGACAAGACUAGCAAGGAUGCAACCGACGAACACCUCCGCAACUUCAAUUCCGAGAUUUUCGAUGAUACCGACUUUUACCAGGGAAUGCUUAAGGAGCUCAUCGAUAGACGUAUGCUUGAUUCAGGAAACGGUACCGGAACACAGUGGGCCGCCAUCAAGCAGCCGAAGCAGAAGAAGGCGAAUGUCGACACGAAGGCAUCGAAGGGUAGAAAGCUGAGAUAUCACGUUCAUGAGAAGCUUCAGAGCUUUAUGGCACCUAUUCCUACGGCACAGUGGCAUGAUGAGCAGAUUGAUGAGUUGUUUGCAAGUCUUUUGGGGCAGCGUGUACGCGUGGAUGAGGAGGAGGAGAAGGAAGCUGAAGUGGAGGUCAUCCCAGACGAUGGUCUCCGUAUCUUUGGAUAGAUCCAUAUCUAAACAAAUCGAAAGUUCUCACAAAACGACAGUGUAACGCCCCAGUCCCCGUUGUCCUGUUAUUCCUUUGCCCUAUAAUCAAAUGGACCUCCAUAACCUCAACCCUCUUCGUCAUCCGAGCCAUAGG